AUGGACGAAAGUUGGCGGACUUCUAAAAGUUUGGUCAACUCAACUGGACUGCUCAGAGACAUUGAACUAACAGCAUUGACUCAAUCCCUCCUAUUUUCCCUUUCCGCCUCAAACCCUCACGAUGAAGUUCGGAAAGUUAGCUUUCCUUGCCAUGGCCAGACUGGCCACCCCGCCGUCCACGAGCCCACCUCCAACAACGCCUUGACGAAGAAGUCCUUCCUCCACAAUGGCAAACGCUGCCUGAACCUGUGCGCAGAUUAUUUGGAGCGCCGGGGAGUCAACGCCAGUGCCGAAGCUCACCGUGCCGCAACGGUUGCGAAACAUCAUAAGCGAGGCAUGAUUGCCCGUGACACCGACAAGGUGGUGAAUACCUCCCACCGUUCCUCCCUCAAUGUUACCCCGAACACCUCCGAGUCUGAGAUGUUCUCCAAGAGCCCUGUUUGCAUCCUUACCCCUGAAGGAGAGGUCGCACUUUUCUGGGUGAAGGGCGAGCUCGUCCACUCUGUCAUGUUUGGAACGGACCUCUACUGGGAUACCUGGAACGGCAACUCCACCGGUGUCUACUCUGGUGUCCAGAGUAGCCUGAACGGUAACGGCGACGAUGCUACCAACCUCGACAAGACCUCCCCGCGCGGUAUCUAG